CAGCGAACGAAAUAACCUUCGUUGCGUACUUUUACUUUACUUCAUCUGUCAACUGCCAAUCGAGGUUUAUUAUUUUUAAUGAAGAAAUAAAUAUUAAACGGUGAUUAAAGUUUUCAUAUAGUAUAAUGGGAGGUUGCAGAUGUUCUUACAAAAAUUGUCAAAACACAACUAAAACUACCGAAAACGUUCAUUUCUUUCAUUACCCAGUAAAGCACAAGGAACGCUGUAAAGCAUGGAUUGAAAAUGCUAAUAAACCUCACUUUUGCGAUUUGGAGGAAGAUCAAUUGAGAAACAAAGUUAUUUGCGAACAUCAUUUUGAAGAUAAAUGGUUUCCAAAUAGUCAAAAAAAGCGUUUGCUUCAGGGGGCUAUACCGACACUCGAUGGAGAUUGUGGUGGUGAAGAAGAAUCAUUAGAAACUGAAAUGUUUAUAUCUAAUGGUUUACAAGAAAUCCAGAUACUACCAGCUAGUUCAGAUGGGUCACUUUUUAUAUUAGAUACAGACUCUAACAGAUCCCAAAGAGUAGAAUCUUUUGUCUACAAGAAUGGUAUGAUAAUCCCCUCAGUCACAACAGCAAAACCAGAUAUAAAACCUAAAUUACCUGCUAGUGUUUCCAAACCAUCAACUAGCAAGUUAAAUAAUUCCUUGCAGAAUUUUUCUUCUCCCUUAUUCACAUCACAUGAUUAUGACUUAGAUCCUUUAGAAUUUAAAGUUAAUGUGAAAAAAGAAACACCAGAUGUAGAACCACACAGUGCAAAAAAUUCAGACAAAUAUGAACAUGAAUUUGACAAUACUUCAAUUCCAAAUGAAACUUAUUUAGAAAAUAGUUUAGGCAGAAAAAGUAUGGCUCCUUCAACAGUUGUUAAGAAUCCUGUCAUUAUUAGACAACAACAAUCUUCUAAAAAAGCAAAUUUGGCUAGGAAUUACUUAAGGAAAAUUAAGCAACACAGCAGAGACAUAGCUUGCAUCAAAAAAAUGUUAAGGCAGAAAGCAAUGUCUGAGAGUAAACCAGAUCCUGAAACAAUUCUUACUUGUUUAAAAGGAGAUGUUCCCUCUACUCUUUUUACUGUCCUCAACUUAAAUUUAAAUAAUAACUAUGAGCUGACUGAAGAAGAUGAAGAUUUUUUCACAACUAUUCAUAAAAUAUCUCCAGAAGUCUACCAGUUACUAGUAGACAAAUAUAAGUGGAAUUUACCAUGUAUAGAUGCACCCAUGGAAUAAUUAUGUAUUAUACUUCCACAAUAUACUUUAGAAUUAUAACAUUAUACUGACAUAUUAUGUUUAAACUCUGUAUCUUGAAUAAAUUAUUUUAAUUAUGUA